UUCAGGUAUAGCAUAUUGUUACAGUUGAAUUAAAGCGGGGAACUUUCUCAUUCUCAUUUGGCCGAAGCACUUGUAAAGCUCUUUGUCAUUUUGUCUGUGGUUCUCUUAGUUGUGACAGAUCUGGCAUCAGAACCAAAAGGUUUUCCUUGGGUUAAUUGUUGUCUUGAAAUUCAAUUUCUAUACAAAUCAUCAGUUCAUCUGUUUGAAAUGGUGCAGUCAACCUGUUUCUGUGUGGUUCCUUCUGCUUUCUAAUGGCUUAAAUGAUCAUUUACGUUGUGGUCGAUUAUAUAUAGACAUUUACAUUGAAUAAGCUUGAUCAGGUGCUGUUGAAUAAAGCGGGUGGCCAUAAAUGAUGGAAUAAAACAAAAGGUUUGGAAUGAGGGCGUCAAUUAGGGUUUUAGAAAAUGUGAAAAACAAUAUUUGAUAAAGUUGUUUGUUAAAUAGUUUAUAAUCAAACCGAACUAUGGAUGAAGAAGAGGCGAUUCCUAAGCAAAAGCGGUUUAAAUGUUCGGAAUGCCCCUACAGGACAGAUUGCAAAAGGAGUCUGAUGUUUCACACCCGUACUCAUACUGGAGAACGGCCUUACAAAUGCACGAUAUGCAGUUUUGCCAGCGCAAGAUCCGGUAACCUGAGGAAACAUAUGGUGACGCAUUCUGAUGAAAAGCCUUAUUCCUGCUUAGAGUGUGAUUUCAAAUGUGCUCGUGCCCAUUACUUAAAAAAGCAUAUUUUGAUUCAUUCGACAGAAAAAAAUAUAUCCUGCCCAGAGUGCGACUACAAAUGUUCACAGAUUCGAAAUCUCAAGAACCACAUGGUGUGCCAUUACGGUGAGAAGACGUUUACAUGUACAAUGUGCGAUCAUCGGUGCGCACGAGCGAGGGAUCUUAAGAGGCACAUGAUGAUUCACAAAGGUGACAAACGUUUCAUCUGCAUACAGUGCGGUUACGCUUGUGUUCAAGGGAGUACGCUCAAAAGACAUAUGAUGUCACAUACAAAUGAAAAACCUUUUAUGUGCGAAGAGUGCAAUGGGAAAUUCACAUCGGCUGGAAAUCUGAGGAAGCAUAUGAUGACGCAUACCGGUGAAAAGCCUUACUCUUGCACAGAAUGUGACUACAAAUGUUCGCAAGCUGGGAAUUUAAAAAGCCACAUGGUAAUUCACACGGGUGGUGAGGAACAUCCUUGCUUGCUCUGUGACAGGGUUUGCACAAGAGCGAGUGAUUUGAAAAGGCACAUGAUGGUACACUCAGGAGAAAAAAGGUUCUGCUGUGCUAUUUGUGACUACACCUGUGCUAGAUCAGCACAUCUAAGGAAUCACAUGCUUAUCCAUUCCGGAGAGAAACCCUACUCUUGCACAGAAUGCAACUAUAAAUGUGCCAGGGCAAUUAACUUAAAAGCUCACAUUAUGACACAUACCGGGGAAAAACCUUAUACUUGCACCCAUUGUGAUUAUAGAUGUUCUCAGGCUUUUAAUUUAAAGACACACAUUCUGACGCAUACGGGUUUCAAACCUUACUCUUGUACAAUCUGCUCAUACACGAGCACACAAGCUGUGAAUCUCAAAACUCAUAUGAAAACACACACAAAGGAGAAGCCAUUUUCUUGUGAUUUUUGUGACUAUGUAUGCUCUCAGAACACACAUUUGAGAAGGCACUUGAUGAUUCACACAGGUGAAAAACCGUACGUAUGCCCUGACUGCGAUUACAGAACUUCAGUGCCUAGCAAUUUGAAAACGCAUAUCAUGACUCAUACUGGUGAAAAACCGCAUAACUGUACUAUAUGCGAUUACAGCUCGGCCCAGGCGAGUGCUCUUAAAAGACACAUGGCGGUUCAUUCGCGAGGCCAACAUUUUUCGUGCGCGCUCUGCAAUUAUUCAGCUUUGUCCAAAAGAAGCUUAAAGAAACACAUGACCAUUCAUUAUAAAGACAUCGAUAAUUCAAUAGUUAAAGCUCUAGCCGAUUCCGUUGACGGAUCGACAGUUAAUUCAAAUCCAGAUGAUAUUGAAAUCGACAACAUAAAAGAAGAGAUGCUAGAUUCAAAUGAACGACAAACGAACAGUCCAGACAGUUGUAAAGGUAUUAAAUGUGAAAGCGAAGAAAUUGUAGAUAACAUUGAAAUAAAAAAUGAAUUUUUUAUAGAUGAAUAUGAACCAAAGGAAUUAAAAGUUAGUUAAGCUGUAUGUGGUUAUUAAGUUUAAGUGUACAUAAAGUAAAGGUAUUACCGUAAUUUAGAAAUUGAAAAUUAUUAAAAUGUCAUAAUAUUACAUUGUAAUAUUGGUUUGACAAAUAUAUCAUUAUUUUCUGCAUGCAAUAAUUUAUUACCAGAAUGUUUUUCAUUUGAAUUACCUGUUAUUAA